AGUGGGCAAAAUAGAAUUGAUCCGAACUGCGAUUGCCCUGCAAAGUCAGUGUGCCAAACAUCAGCAAAUCGCAAAUGGACGGAUCCGUCAGAGCCGCGAAGGAUGGUGGAAAACUCGCUGCCGUAGAAAGCCAUAGAACGCAAACUAUCCAAAACGAGCUUUAAACGGGAAAGAGCUGGAUGCUUAACUCAACAUAACCAAUUUUUACUCGUAGGCUACAUCAUAACCUUUUGCAACAUCGGCUCUGUCCGAGGACUGCGUAAAGGUACUGGAAAGGUUCUGGGAGCAAGAAUGGAGCGGGCGCCAAGCUCAAGCCCCAGCGGCGUAAAUCAGCCCUCACAACCUCCCCAGCAUGAACCUAUUAGUUUCGGCAUUGACCAAAUUCUCAGUGGUACCGACCAGGACGGUUCACAGAACACCACCAGGAGUGGUUCGGAUACUGGGAACUUCACAAGUGGAGGAAGUUACCACCUCGGUAGUCCAAGUGGAGCCAGUGCAGCGCCCUUCACUUCGCUUUCCGGUUCUUUCCAUGGAAUCGCAUCAUCAUACGAGGAAUCAAGUGCAUACGGAGUGAACUUGACUUUCACCCCAGGUGGGGUGAUACGAGUCCCGGCGCACAGGCCGCUGGCCGCUGCAGUGCCUCCUCCUAUAGCCAGCGCGGUACCCGGGAUAGGCAGCAUCAGCUUCCCCUGGAUGGAGAGCAGCCAAAGAUUCGCAAAGGAAAGAUUUGCAGCUGCACUGACACCAUUCACAGUGACCCGGCGGAUUGGUCACCCCUACCAGAACCGCACCCCUCCGAAGAGGAAGAAGCCGCGGACAUCUUUCUCCCGGGUGCAGAUCUGUGAGCUAGAGAAACGCUUUCAUAGGCAGAAGUACCUGGCCAGCGCUGAACGGGCCGCUCUCGCCAAGACCCUCAAGAUGACCGACGCACAGGUCAAGACCUGGUUCCAGAACCGCAGGACCAAGUGGAGGCGACAGACAGCUGAGGAGAGGGAGGCGGAGCGUCAGCAGGCCAAUCGGCUGAUGAUCCAGCUGCAGCAUGAUGCCUUCCAGAAGUCCUUGAGUGACUCGGUUCCGUCCGAUCCACUCUGCAUCCACAACUCCUCCCUGUUCGCCCUGCAGAACCUGCAGCCGUGGGCCUCUGAGGAAGCAGCAAAGAUGGGCCGUGUCCCCGCUCUAGUGUGACCGGGACAGGGUUGGUCCCUCUGGACAUUACACACUCGGACUGGCCAAAAUGCUUACUGACUGAUAUCUAAGAAACUGCACAAAGGUGAUCGGUGAGCAAAUUGAAUUGAAUGAUUUAUUAUUGUCUUUCCAGAACAUAGCCAAAUUGUGUCCGAGGGAGUCUGAAGAUUAAACAAAAACUCCAGUUCCUAAGUACCCUGAUAUGAUCUGGACAUGCAGAAUGUUUGCUGGGUCCUUUGUGUCAGACACAUCCUGGGUGGUAGCCUAUGAGCUGUGGCGAUGUACGUGACACACGUCACUGAGCCAGCCCUAUAAUUCCAAACGGACAUAUUGACUGACUGACACAGCACAGAUUGGCUCAUCUGUUUCUCCCACGUCCCAUCUGUUCCUUCACCACUACAGUUACACUAUCAGCUCUGUGCCCCUGCAUCUCAGAGCCGACCGGUCUGCAAAGGAUGAGAAAAUGGAUGGGAAACAGAGAGAGAUAAUACACUAAUGUUCAGAGAAUAUAUAAAACGUUGUUGUUGCAUGGAAUCAAUCUCAUCAUCCUCUCAUUUUCCAUCUUGAAUUCCAUCUAAUUGUUUCCUCUUUAGACUGCUAGUUAGCAGGAUUUUUGUACUGGGUGGAGACGGACUUAGGCAACACUGAUCCUAAAAAGCCACUGAAUGUAUUACAUGCUUUGAUUCCAAUCUAUUAACACUCUGAAGCUCAAUUAGGCUGAAUAAUUACAUUUGAAUAAGAAGGCAAACUAUAAAACCAGAUAGCCACAAGUGAGAUAUUGUAGAAUCAACUGCUUACUGUUCUAUUGGGCAAGUGUUUAGUGAUGUCUGGACAACCCAGAUACCUGCUACCUCUUUGAACAGCAUCCACCCGGAACACUAGCAAGACAUCAACUUUUUAUUUCUAUAUAUAUCUAACUCAUUGAAGGGUUAACACACAGCUCAAGGGCUAUUUUAGAAUAAUAACAUUUGCCAGUGGGACAAGAAGCAAUCCAGUAAAAGAGGAAGCUAAUUAUUUAUAGUGUUGUUUUAUUCAUGCCAGGCUGGACCCAUUCACUGGGAAGUGUGGUGCAUGAGGGUGGUGUAUCAGACCUGAGAGGUGGAGAGUCUGGUUGACUUAGUUCAAAUGUGGUGUAAAAGACUUUGUUGUAUGAGUCAUCUGAGAAUAUUUGAGGCAGUGUAACAGAUGGAUGAUAACAGCAUCUCUCCCCAUGUAUCAUACUUUGUAUUUGAUAAAUAUGUAAAUAACUAAACAAAACCUAAUAAUAAAAAAAAGCAUUCUCUUGUUUUA